AUGGCGAUGUCCGGGUUGUUAAAACGUGUUAUUGGUAAAAAUUUCGAUUUAAUUAUUUACAACGGCUCGGUAGCUUGUCAAGUGCAACAAUCUCGUCCCACAACAUCUUGGACAUAUGUCGAGAAGCCAAAACCUGGUAUUAAAGGAAAAAGUUACCGAAGAUUCGUACAUUUCGAGGACAAGUACACCGUCAAACCGCUUCAGGUUACUAAUCUUGCUGGAAGGGAUCCUAUUACAGGAAGACUAGUAAACAUUGGAAUAGGCGGUGGAAUAAAACACAAGUAUCACUGGAUAAAAUGGAAGCGUGAUGGACCAACGGACCCAGAUGCUCCCCCCAAAGAAGAGCGAGUCAUCGAAGUCUUUCAAGACGGCUGCAGAACAGCCCACGUUGCUCUGGUAGCCCACGGCAAGGAACUGAGUUACAUUCUCGCAACCGAGAACAUGAAAGCUGGCCAAGUAAUCCGGACAUCUUUAGGAAUUCCUAGAAUGACCGUAAGAGCCUUUGAGGGCGACGCCUAUCCUCUCGGAGCUCUACCUAUCGGCACUGUCGUGAACUGCGUCGAAAAAUACCCAGGCUUAGGAGGUUUCUUGAUCCAUGCAGCUGGAACCUCAGGAACCAUUCUCCGUCGAGAUGGCGACGAUCGAGUCAUCGUCCAGAUGCCUAGCAAGAAGCUUUUCAGCCUCUCGAAAACCUGUAUGGCUACCGUGGGCCGGCUCUCCAACAUCAGUCACGGAUCGACACCUAUUGGCAGCGCUCAGAGAAACCGUGAGCUUGGAAAUCGACCCCGCAGUGGUCUCUGGCAUCGCAAAGAUGGUCGGCAUGGCAGAAAAAUUAAACCCAUUCCUCCACCGAUACAUUUUAACACCAAGGAAAAUUUCUAUAGAAAAAAACCUUAUGCCCUUACGCACUCCGCGUACAACACUCACUUGGACUCCAAGCGCAAGCCAACUGUUCCUGUAAGAGAUGAUUCUGUCUAUUGA